AGCGGCGCGCUAGUCCGAGGGUGUUCUAUAUUUGAAAUUUCUGAAGUUUUCCGAACGCGUUCGUGGAAGAGUGAAUGAAAUUGGAUUGUGUAAGGAUUAAGUGACUUCACGGUGAUAAACUUUUCAAACACUUUCAAUAUCGGCGCGGUUUUGUUAAGAAAUCGCGGUUUGAUUAUUGAUGCGAAUCAACUGUUUCCUAAUACGGUAAUUCACAGUCUUGGUGAUGCUAAGAAGUGACUUGCUGUCGGGGAAUUAAAUGUCGCAAGUGUAGUGUACUGUGUAUUGCAAUGUGAAUUCUGUGUUGUUGUGCUAAAUCCGUUUUUCCUGUGAAUUGAUGUUUGUGUGACUGUUUGUUUACUCUCGUCUGAAGAUUAUCAGCCAUGGAGACGGAGGAGCUUACCAAACUUGUGGAUGGGAUAUACAAGAAUAUCCUGGACAAGUUCAAUCCUGGCGCGCGGCAGAUGAUCACGGCCGGCAAGGCCUAUCUGAAAGCUCUACAUGGUGCGGCCGCCGCCUCACGUCUAUAUGUGGAUGCCGUGGGCAAACUGGGACGACAAGCCCAGCAGGGGACUUGGGGAGGAUGCGCCGAUAUUGGAACAGCGCUAAUGAAAGUCGUCGAGGUGUACCGAGAGAUUCAGGACCAACAGAUGAAUAUUCUCAAGGCGUUCUAUGUGGAUUUGUUGGUACCGCUGGAGACGAAUUUGGAGAAAGACACCAAAGUUGUACAGUCGGAACAGAAGAGAUUUCUGCAGCAGCACAAGCUGCGGUCAGAGAGCUACAGCAAGGCGGCCGCCACCAUCAAGAAACAGAGGAAGAAGAAGACUAACGUCACCAAAGUUGGCUCGGCCAUGGAUAAAGAAAUGAAGAAUAUGCAAAUCUUGGAGGAGGAGAAAACCAAACUGGACGCAUUUUGUGAACAAAGCUUGAAGAAUGCCAUGACACAGGAGCGCCGUCGCUACGGUUUCGUUCUCGAACGUCAGUGCUCGCUGGCCAAGCACUGGCUGGCUUACCACGCCGCUGGCAGCGCCGCCUACAACGCUGGACUUGAUGAGUGGCUGGAGGUCUCUCGCACCCGCGAGUUCCUGCCAUCCAACGUGGAAGCCAUGUUCGUUAGCAGGAUGAGGCAAGUGUCAUUCUGGGCGGACGAGGACGUGUACGCGAGCCCGCGUAUCGGUGACGAUGAUGAUCGCGCUUCAGUCGGCUCGGCGCUGCGCAAGACUCGCUCAGUGGACGCCUCCUGCCUGGACGUCCGCUCCAUCGGGGACCUGGGUUCCCCGUCCCAUGGGCUGUCCAGAGCCAAGUCUGACCUGAACCUCCAGGCUACGCUGCAUGAUGAUGACACCGACAUCCGCACGAAGACCCGUCCGACAUCUCUCGCUCCACCAACCUGCACUUCGCGAGACCCGCCUCUGGCCCGAGCGCUCUACGCCUACGCUGCAGCUGGAGACAACCAGCUGAGUUUCCAGCAGGGAGACAUGCUGGUGCUGCUGGGAGACCGCACCAAGGGCUGGCAGUACGGGGAGAACCUCCGCACUCACAGCUCCGGAUGGUUCCCGCUGGCGUACACCGAACCGAUCGUUAAUGAUGAGUCUGGAGGGAAUUCCCCGGCGCGUUGGAGCAUCGUGCAGACACCGAGCGAGACGCCGCCGCCAGCGCCGGUCGCACACGCUUCCUCGCACCACCAUCCACCGCGCAUGUUCGGCGACACAGUCACUGCUCAUCACGUCGCCAAGGGUCGGCUGUCAGCUAACGCCCCUGGACUACCGCCUCAACUGCCAGCUCCAUCUCCUAACGCACUAAGCUCGUCUGCCAGCGCCACAUUCCAUUCCACGCCGAGCGCCGCACCCACCGGCGUCAAGAAUUCGACCUCGGCCGCCAAUUUCACAACUCACGCCGUCAUCGAGACCCGAAGCUUUGGACCCCAAACUUUACCUUUGAGAUCACAGAUGGCACAAAAUAAAGCUGGUCCCACAAAAACUGUAGUCUCAGCGGUGGGCGCAGUUGGAAACGUAUCAUUACACAGCUCUAAUGAUUCUGGAUUUUCUAAUGAGCCUCCACCGCAACCUGACGUUGAUUAUAGUGAUGAAGAAGCGCAUCGUCAUCGUGUACCGAUCAGUAAGACAUCUCAACGUAACACCGACAACAAAGCGUAUUUAUUAAAAACUCAAAGCUUGAGGCGAGGAACGAGACUCAACAGUUCUAACAAUGGAUACUUGACUGAUGAUCAACAGUUACUCCUCCGUAACAUGAUGGAUAACGAUUCUCAAAGAGUUAAAAGGACCAAAUCAUUCUGGAAAUUUGGACGUACUACUUCGGAAGAAAUAAUGGAGGGGAUGUGCUUAUGGCAGCAUCGCGAUAUAGUUGACACUGUCCCCGAAUUUAAGAAAAAGUUAUUCGUUAAGCUGAAAAAAGAAUUGCGGCCUGCCCCGGAAGUACCGGACCCUAAAAAAGUUAUCAGCAACGAAAAACUUGCACCAGCUGAAAAUGCUAUUCCUUCUAGACCACAGGAAACCAUUGAUCGUAAAGAUAUAAAAGUCAACAACGGAAUGAGACAGGCCCGAAGCAUGGGAUCCAUUGAGUACAACGAUCGUCAAGAUAAAGAAAAGAUGAACAAAACCAACCAAAUUCAAACACCCGCAAUGAAACAAAAGAGUACUUCAGAAAAAUCGGUUGUAGAAGAGAAGCAAGAGGGAUUUGUUCCUCGUAAUGUUGAAUCCCGACACUCUGAUUUGACUAACACGAGCACGAUAAAGACCAAUUUCGAAAAUAGCUUUUAUAAUGACGAAAACGGUGAAGGAUUUGUUAUGAAAACUGUAAAGCGCAGAGAAAUAUUACAAAGAUACGAUAAUGAUAGCAACUCAGAUGAUAAUAAUUCCGUGGCUUCAAGCACGGACCCUUACGAUUGUAUAAUUGUUGAUGACCACAUGACUUCUAAAAAGCAACAAGAAAUAAAUCGUCGACGACAGACUAAUUCGAUGGAAAAUGAAAUAAAAGCUUCAAAGGAAAACGCGUAUAUGCCCGAGUUUGAAGAAAUAGAGGUUACUCCAAUACGGCCGCAUAUUAGGGCAACAUUAGCAUCGGACCGGUCAAAGAAGCCAUCUCCACCCAAAACCAUGGAGUUCAAAACAUUUAAAGACAGCUCGAAGGAAAUCAAAACUUUCUCUGCAUCAUCUGAAACUCUCAAGUAUAAAGAUAAUGAACAGCCAACUGACCGUUACGGUAACCCGAUUGAGAUGAACAAUAAUGAAAUUCAUAACGGUGAUAAUUACAACGGUAACGACAGCGGAACCUUAAAAUAUAAGAAGCGAUCGAGCGAGGACAAAGCUCGUAAAGAGCAAUUUAAUGGCCAUAAAAAAGAAACACCCCAAGUAGAAGCUAGAAGCCAAAAGCGUCCAUACCACGCCACCGAGCCAAGAAUUGAUUACUCACUGGACAGACGUAAUACGAGAAAAGACUUUUCAAAUACUAAUAGCAGAGAUGUUAAAAACAGAAAUAGAUUGAAUAGAAGCUACGAUGACAGUAGUUUGCCAUACAACGGUAGGAGGGAGGAGAGAUACUACGAGUCAAACAUAUCCUAUUUCAGCGAUCAGGAGCGACGAGCUUCGCGAUACGAUUAUGAAACCGAUUCGAAGAAGGCCGAAAAGUCAAAAAUGAGGCAGGAAGAAGCUCGGCUCGAAGCGAGGCGUAUAAUGGAUCGUCGAAGUGAGGCGCCUUACAGUGAAUCGGAUGAUCAGAAAUUCAAUGAAGCCUUGAAGCAGCAGAGACCUCAAUUGCUCCCUCGGACUAAAUUGCUCAAAAAACCCGUGGACAGCAACGAGGCGCCCGAAGACGGUCACACUUUUGGACCGUGGUACGACUUAUGGGGUAGGGAAACGUCUAUGUAUAAAUAGUCAUUUACUUUUUGUUUUAUCUUCUUCGUCGUAAGUGCUAAUGUAGAUUAGACGCUUUGUAUCUUUACUUCAUAGUUUAUACGUUGUUUUGUUAUGUACUGAAGUACUUAUAUACCAUUUAGUGUACUAACAAAAUACUCUUAAAUCUUAGAAUACUUUUAUAUUUUUGUUUUUUAACUGUCAUAACAAGUCUUUAUCGUGAUAUUUAGAAAUUGUACAAAUGUUUAACUCGUUAAUAAUAACGAGUUAAUAAUAACAUGUAUAAACAUGGGGAUAUUGGAAUUUUCGUCCCUUUAUGAAAUUACAACGUAAUAUAAAUAACCUGAUAAAUUAGGGUUGUCAGUAACUAAUAUGUUUUUGCACAGGCCCCAACAAUUCGCCACAGUGAAACUGAGAAAGGCCCUAACAAAUGAUCGGUCGUCACCUGCCAUUGAAUGAAUUAUUACCGUAAUUAUUAUUAUUAUGUUUAUUUUGUUAAAUAUAUAUUUAUAUGUACAUUAGAAGCAUCGUGUAUUUUGUACAGUUAUUCAUAGUUUAAGAAAAAAAUAUAUCACAUUUUUAUAA